UCGCUUUCAUACACACAAGACUGACUGAGCAAGCUCACCUCUAAGCUAGCACCACUUGCAACCAUGGAGGUGGCUCUGGUGAGUGUAGCGACGGGAGCCUUGAAACCCGUCCUGGCGAAGCUGGGCGCUCUGGCGGGCGAUGAGUACAGGCGGUUCAAGGGUGUGCCUGGCGAUAUCAAGUCGCUCACCCAUGAACUUGCUGCAAUGGAUGCGUUUCUUCUGAAGAUGUCGGAGGAGGAGGACCCUGAUGUCCAGGACAAGGUGUGGAUGAAUGAGGUGCGGGAGCUCUCCUAUGACAUGGAGGACUCCAUCGACGACUUCAUGCAAAGUGUUGACAGCGAAGAUACAAAGCCAGAUGGCUUUUUGGAGAAGAUGAAGAAUUCGCUGGGGAAGUUGGGGAAGAUGAAGGCUCGUCGUCGGAUCGGCAACGAGAUCGGAGAUAUGAAGAAACAGCUCAUCGAGGUGGCCGAGAGGAAUGCAAGGUACAAGGCCCGUGAGGCCUUGUCCAAGGCCAACAAUGCAACCAUUGAUCCUAGAGCUCUUGCUAUCUUUAAGCAUGCCUCUGAGCUUGUCGGAAUUGAUGAACCCAAGGCCGAGGUAAUUAAAUUGUUGACUAAAGGUGAGUCAACGCACGAGCAAAUGAAGCUGGUCUCUAUCGUAGGAUCUGGGGGGAUGGGCAAGACAACUCUUGCAAAUCAAGUGUAUCAAGAUCUCAAAGGAGAAUUUAAAUGUCGGGCCUUCUUAUCUGUGUCAAGAAGCCCUGACAUGAUGAAUAUCAUGAGAACUAUUUUUAGUGAAGUCAGUGGGAAAGAUUAUGCUAACACUGAAGCAGGGAGUAUACAACAACUUAUUAGCAAGAUUGCCAAUUUCCUGGCAGACAAAAGGUACUUUGUUGUUAUUGACGAUAUAUGGGAUGUGAAUACAUGGCAUGUUAUUAAGCUUGCAUUUCCCAUGACUAGUUUUGGAAGUAUCAUAAUCACCACUACCCGUAUAAAUGAAGUUUCUGAAUCAUGCCGUUCAACACCAUUUAGUGGAGAUAUUUAUCGCAUAAGGCCUCUUGACAUGGUGCACUCUAGGCAGUUAUUUUACACAAGACUAUUCAAUGCCCAAGAAAAGUGCCCCUCAUACCUUGUAACAGUUUCUGAGCAUAUUUUGAAAAAAUGUGCUGGGUUGCCUUUGGCAAUCAUUGCUAUAUCCGGUUUGUUGGCUAAUAUUGAAAGGAAAGAAGGUCCAUGGAAACAAGUUGAAGAUUCAAUUGGUCGAGCACUUGAAAGAAACCCCAGUGUUGAAGGAAUGAUGAAGAUACUAUCACUUAGUUACUUUGAACUGCCUGCUCAUCUGAAAUCUUGUCUCUUAUGUUUGAGUAUAUUCCCUGAAGAUUCUGUUAUUGAGAAGAAAGUUUUGAUAAAUAGGUGGAUUGCUGAAAGAUUAAUUCAUACAGAAGCUGGAUAUAGUACAUCAUAUGAAUUUGGAGAAAGGUGUUUUAAUGAGCUAAUAAAUAGGAGUUUGAUCCAACCUGGGAAAUUGGGUAACUAUGAUAGGGUAAAGAGCUGUCGACUUCAUGACACAAUUCUUGAUUUCAUCAUAUCCAGAUCCAUCGAAGAAAAUUUUGUUACUUUGGUGGGUGUUCCUAGUUUAUCUGUUGGGACACACAACAAAGUUCGUCGGCUCUCCCUGCAAGCCAGUAAGCAAAAAGAACUGAUAGUGCCAAGAGGCUUGGUGUUGUCUCAUGUCCGAUCACUUGAUGUGUUUGGGGAAUCUGUGAAAAUUCCUUCUAUGGAUAAGUUUAGGCAUUUGCGUUUUCUGGACUUUGAAUAUUGCCAACAGCUGGAGAACCGUCAUCUUGAAAAUAUAGGGAUGUUGUUUCAGCUGAGGUACCUGAGCCUUCAAGGGGUGAAGAAAGUAAGCAAGCUUCCAGAACAAAUCGGACGCCUAUGGUGCUUAGAGAUACUAGACUUAAGAGGCACCUCUGUUUGUGAGUUACCAGCAUCUAUUGUCAAUCUCAAGAGACUGGUGCACCUAUUGGUAAACCAGAAUGUUACACUUCCUUGUGGAAUUUUCAAGCUGCAAGCACUGGAGAAAUUGAAGCUUGUCAGUGUCUAUAGCCAGUCAUUUAACUUCCUGCAAGAAUUUGAGCAGCAGCAGAGCCUUAAGGUAUUGACCAUUGAUUUUGAGGAUUAUAAUUCUGCUGACCGAGUGAACGCUGAAAAUGAGACCAAGAAAACUAUUAUUGUCACUUCCCUUAUAAACCUAGGGAACCUUCUAUCUCUAACUGUUUGGGAUGGCCCUGAAUUUGUAAGGGAGUCUUUGUGCCCUAUGCCACUUAGCCUCCAGAAGCUGAAAGUCUGGUGUUCUAGUAUUCCCCAUGUUCCAAAUUGGGUCAGCUCCCUUGUCAACCUCCAGGAGUUACACCUUGAAUUGUUCAGAGCUGAGCAGAAAGAUUUAUAUAUCCUUGGAGGCUUACCUGUUCUGCGUUGUCUGAUUCUGAGAAUUGUUGAUCGUGAAAUUCGAAAUACCUCAUUAACAGAAGAGCCUGAAGUUACAAGGGUCAUAGUCUGUGGUGAAGUUGGAUUCCAAUGCUUGAGGAUAUUUAAUUAUGAUAGUGCGCGUGCUGUGAUGAAUUUGACGUUUGCGGCUGGGGGCAUGCCCAAGGUAGAUGACCUCAGGAUAGAAUUUAACGCAGCAAAAACUGAGUCUCUGGGUACUAGCGGUGCUUUUGAUAUCGGAAUAGAAAAUCUCCCCAGCCUCGUUCAAAUCAGAUGUAAAGUAUGGGGAUACGGGGUCCACAGCAGCAGAGUUGAGGCUGCCAUUCGGGAAGCAGCCAACGCACAUCCCAACCGCCCUACUCUAUCCUUCCGCUUAUAUUGACGGAGACGAUAGCAGCAGAGUUGAGACUUGGACUGCUAAUGCGUUGCCGGAAUCGAGUUCCAAUUCGGCUGCAAUGUCAAAGGUUCUGAGAUCACUACAUUUCUGAGAUCGAAGAAUUCAUCAAUUCUCUGCGUGGAUGGAUCUGCCUCGCUGCUGCGAAGCGGAGAUGAAGAAGAAACUGGGAGGGGAUCCAGAAGAGGAAAGCCGACAGCAGAAACAUGUCGUGCUUCAGGGCUGAGCAGAAGAUGUCGUCGAUGCUGUCGUGUCGUGGGAGAACACCGAGCACAAGGCGGUCCUUGACGUGAAGCUCUGAACGCCAGAGGACUCGAUUCUGAAUCUGGACCUUGCCUAGUUCAGAGCUUCACGUUCAGAUUCUGAAUCUGGACACUUUAGUUGCAACUAAAGUGUCUUGAGAACUGCAGGAGAAACUUGAGAAAAAGGCAGAAUAGGCGAAGGAGACGCGGCGGAAACAGGUCGUGACGAUCCAGAGCAAGGAGGCAGAGGAGGGAGAAGCUGCUGCCGUGGAGAUGAUCAGGUCCAGACUCCAAAGGGACCACGCCCACCGCCACGGGAAAAAUGCUCUGCUGCUUCGGCUGAGCAACCUACUGUAGCUCGCAGAAGAUGUGAUCUUCAAUGUCCGAAAGAGACACCAGAUGUGCACUUGCUUUACUAUUCGUUUUGAACAUCGAUCAUAAGCUUCGAUCCUGCAUGCAUUUAC